CCAACAGUUUUUGCCAAGAGCACUUGCCAAUCACUUGCACCCCAAAAGGCUUUCUUGCUGCCACAGCUGAAUCCAUGGCAAAAUGCGGGCUGCUGUUCCUGUUCUUGGCAUUCCUCUUGCCGGCGGCGCGUGCGACGUCUUGCCACCCCGAUGACCUCCGUGCGCUACGGGGCUUCGCCGGAAACCUCAGUGGUGGGGCUGUCCUCCUCCGUGCUGCCUGGUCUGGUGCCUCCUGCUGCGUCUGGGAAGGCGUGAGCUGCGACGACACUAGCGGCCGUGUCACGGCGCUGCGGCUCCCUGGGCACGGCCUUGUGGGGCCCAUCCCAGGAGCAUCCUUGGCAGGCCUUGCACGGCUAGAGGAGCUCAACCUUGCCAACAACAAACUGGUCGGCACCAUCCCAUCGUGGAUUGGCGAGCUUGAUCACCUUUGCUACUUGGAUCUGUCGGAUAAUUCAUUGGUUGGCGAGGUACCCAAGAGUUUGAUACGGCUCAAGGGUCUAGUCAUCGUUGGUCAUUCACUAGGUAUGGUUUUUACGAACAUGCCAUUGUAUGUGAAGCGUAAUAGAAGAACACUCGACGAACAACCAAAUACAAUAUCUGGGAGCAACAACACUGUCAGAUCUGGAAGCACCAACGUUGUUUCUGGGAAUGACAACACUGUCAUAUCCGGGAAUAACAACAAUGUGGCUGGUAGCAACAACACUGUCGUAACCGGGAACGACAAUACCGUAACGGGUAGCAACCAUGUUGUAUCUGGGGACAAACAUAUCGUGACUGACAAUAACAAUGCCGUAUCCGGGAACGACAAUAAUGUAUCUGGGAGCUUCCAUACCGUAUCCGGGAGCCACAAUACUGUAUCUGGGACCAACAACACCGUAUCCGGAAGCAACCAUGUCGUAUCUGGGAGCAACAAAGUCGUAGGAGAUCAAUGAUUUUGUAAGUGAAAUGGUUCCAUCUUCCCUGACGAAGCUCUUGUGGUUGUCCAAGUUCGGUGUAGCUCACAAUCACUUGGUGGGGCCAAUCGUGUUAUGUAACUUCAUGGAUAUAUAUAGCAUCUUAUUUCUACUUUUAAAUAAGAUUUCCCUAAAGUAUCUUA